ACAUGGACCAUGAAUCACAAUACAUGAAAGGUUCGUUCAGAGAACGACAAUGAACUUUUGGAUGCACGUUGCCACAGGUGCACGACAUGUUCUGUAAUGCAUAACAAUUUACAGAUUUUUUUGAUUUGGAAAAGUAUCAAAAUUGAAAAAAAGUAUCUCUCCAAAAUUCAUCGAAAAAUGUAUCAGUUUUGAUCCACUUGGAUCAAAACGGUCACACUGGUUACAAAUAUCAAAGCUGUGCCUUUGUCUUCUAAUGCUGCACAUGAGUCGGCAACUAUUAGCACGGAUGCUACUCAUGUUUUCAAUGCACUGCCCGCUACGCCUGUUAUUGACAAGAACGCUGAUGUUGGGGUUGCUGGUGCUGCUGCUGUUAAUAACAAUCAUAGUGUUGGUGUUAAGGCACCUAUACCAAGUAAUGGUGCACAGUGGCCCACAGUGGAGAAAAAAAGCGUAUAAACUUAAAUAAGAAGACUGUUUGGGGCGCUGAUUCAAAUAUUGAGUUGGAGGUUGCAGUUCGACUCAAGUGGUUGCAUUGAUCUUCCUUCUCAAAAUCAGUCACGGAGAAUAAUAUUAUUGACUAUGUCGCAAAGCACUCAAAUGUCAAUAAAAAUAGUAUGUCUUGCUACAAGCUGGUAAAAAAAGGUACACCUGAUGCUGACUUGAAAAGAAUAAAUUUCAAACUAGGUGUUCCUGAGUACUCAUUUGAAUCUAUAUUAAGCUCAGACCUCUGGCCUGUCAAUGUGGCCGUUCGUCCGUUUCGUUUUUUUCGAGAAAACAUUGCCCGAUCAUCAAACAGCUUAGCGGAGCCGGCUUCUAAUGACCGCAAAUCUAUUAAAAUAUACUUUCACAAUGCCUCAGGUUUAAGAACAAAGUCAGAAGAUAUGCGCCUGCUGAGUUCGCAAUUGGACUAUGACGUAUUUGUCAUUAUCGAGACGUGGCUUAAUGAAAAAAUUUUCGAUGCUGAGUUUUUUGAUCUGAACCGCUAUGACGUUUUCCGUAAGGAUCGAGAUGCCGUAAAAACUGGUUGCUGUAGAGGUGGGGGCAUGCUAAUUGCCUCCCGUUGUGAACUUCAAGCGUCUUCAGUAGCAUUAAAAUGCACCGAUUCCAUGCUUGAUCAGCUUUGUGUGCGACUGAAAGGUGCCUCCGGAUUGCUAUACCUCUGCGCAUCUUAUAUUCCGCCAGCCAGUGAGGACUGCAUUUAUUGUACUCAUGUCGAUAACAUUAUUGCUCUACAAUCGGAAAUUAGUGCUCACCAGUUAUGUGUUUUAGGGGACUUUAACCUUAGCAAUAUUACGUGGACCUAUUUUCACAACAACAUGUAUUUAACUCCAUCUAAUAUUAGCAGUAAUACCGAGUCCUACUUAGUUGAUAAUUUAUUAAGAAUCGAUUUACCACAAGUCAAUGGGUUCUCUAAUAGUCUAAAUCAGAUCUUAGACUUAAUUUUUGUUAGCGAUAACAUUUAG